UCUACGCUGGGCCGAUCCGUUGUUGGCCACAGCCCGAAUCGGUGUCAGUAUAUAUAAAGCUAGAAGGUUUUCCACUAUCGGACACAGUUCAAGUUCUAAAUCGAUAAGCUAAAGCUGGUUUUGUUUCCACCUUCGAACCGUAACAACCCAUUCGGAUCGGAUCCUGCAAACAUGAAAUCGUUCGCCGUAAUCGUCCUAGCACUGGUGGUGGCCGUAGCCGCCCAGGACAAGUACACCUCCAAAUACGACGGGAUCGACGUCGACGAGAUCCUCAAGUCGGAUCGGCUGUUCAACAACUACUACAAGUGCCUGCUCGAUCAGGGUCGCUGCACACCGGAUGCGAACGAACUUAAGCGCAUCCUGCCGGAAGCCCUCAAAACCAACUGUGCCAAGUGUAGCGAGAAACAGCGCAACGGAGCGAUUCAAGUUAUCAACUACAUGAUCGACAACCGUGCGGAACAGUGGAAGGUUCUGCAGCAGAAGUACGAUCCGGACAACGUGUACGUCAACAAGUACCGGGACGAAGCCCGCGCCGCCGGAAUCAAACUGUAGAUGGAAGCCCGCCCCAUCAGCAAGUGACGACCAGUGCAUACCGUGAAAAAAACAGAAUCUAGAAGCCAAAGUUCCAAUGUACUGUUUUCGUUUUUAACUAUUUGUUUUUAUAAUUUACCAUGCAUUAAAAGUCUUUUGCUUGUAUGUGCGAGCUACCUCGCGGAAGGGAAAUUGAAAGCGUUUGUAAAUUAAAAGCGUUGAUGUGUAUAUAGUUA